AUGUCACUAGGUAGAACCACCAAUUUUCAACCUAGUCCAGCAUCACCAUUUGAUACAAUUCAACAGUUCUACAAAUGCAUCAAUACCAGGGGCUGGAGGAACCUUACUGAUUUCAUGGCAAAAGAUUGUAUAUUUGAGGAUUACACGUUUUUUGUUCCCUUUGAGGGAGAAAAGGAAAUUAUGCAGUUCUUUGCGCAGCUGACCGAAGCCAUGGGUAAGAAUGUAAAGUUUGCGACAGAACACAUAUGCAGAGGUGAUGAUUCCACAAUUGCUACUAUGUGGCACUUAGAGUGGAACAAUAUACAAAUACCCUUCACCAGAGGUUGCAGUUUCUUCGAAUGCAUAAGACAAGAAGACAGAUUUCUCAUCAAGCAUGCCAGAAUUAUUAAUGAGUCGCCUCUAAAACCAGGAGCAAUGGCACUGACCCUAUUGAAGUUGGUUACUUCCUUAUUCGACGAAUUCCCACAAGCAACUGAGAAGUUCCUAAAGAAGCCCUACGCUGUACUUUAG